AUGCCAGUCACAUUUUCGCCCACUUCCCUGCGCGCUGAAUCCUUCCCUCCAACAGUCGCGUCAGCGCCCCUUUCCCCGUCCUCCCUCCUUACCUCCGCCUGUCCCCAACAAUCCCGCUUCUGCGCCACCCUCCUCCAAUCCUCCCUCCCAGCCGAAUCGCACAACACCAUCCCCCAACGAAAUGGGCUUGUAUACACCAUAAUUGAAGCAUACAACAAGCACAGACACCUCCGCCUCCGCCCGGAUGACGUUUGGACUGCCAUACUUAUCCAAUUUAACUUCUUCGUCAAUGGACGGAGUGAGAAACUCCGAUCUUUGUUCGUGGCGCAUGAGGGGAAGAAAAAGCUUGUCGUUCAUGCCUCUGGAAAUCGUUAUACAGUCGAUUUCGGUGCGAUGGCGAAGGAGAUGACGCGGCAAUUGGAGAAGAACGUCGUUGAUCCGUCUUUGCGUGCAUGGAUCCUCCCGACGUUCAGCACGACGACUACGACGGAUACGAUCGUCGCUUCUGUGAUUAUGAUGUCGAGUAUGAAGAAGUACUUUGAUUACGAAUUCUGUCUCGAAUGCGGGAUUCCGAGCGUUACGCUGGAAGGUGAGAGAGGGGAUUGGGAGGAUAUAUUGCAGAGGAUCGAGAAGUUGAAGGAAUAUGGAGUGGAGGCGGUUGGGUGGUAUCACUUGCUGCGUCCUGUCCUCGCGCAGUUCGUGUUGGCGUUUGAUAAUCCGAAGAGCAAGGAGAACAAAGAAUUCUGGGGGAAGGUGUGUCAUCGUGACGGGGGCGGGAGCGGGCCACCCUUCCUUGGUGGGUGGGUCACUGCAUUUUGUGCUUUUGACGAAAAUGGGAAGUGGCUUGGACACCGCUUCAAAAAGGGAAUUGUGGAGGCAACGUCCUUGCCAGGACUGCCCCCUCACACCUUAUCGGCCUCUGAUUUUUUCGCGACUUUUACUGAUGACGGGAAUUGGGAUCAAGACGGGCCAAUGCUAUCCAUCGCGGGAGCACGAUAUCAUCUCGUUGAUAGCGACGAAAUCCCGGUUGGUUGCACGGGUGUGGAUGUCCUGGUUGACGAUAAUGGGGAUGAGAUUCCGUGCAUGAUGACUGCCGGUUUGUUUGGAACGGAAAUCUCUAGUGAUUUGAGAGACACGGUGAGGCCGGUUUCGGGGUGGUGGAUGUUUGAGAAGGUACCUGAACCCAAGGAGCAGACAGAUUGA